AUGUAUCAAGAUAAUUUCAACUCAUCAUGCCAUUAUAAUUCAAUCAACACUCAAAAUAAUAAAAAUUUCACUUGUACUCAUACUAUUGACACACCUAAAUCAAGGACAAAAUGUAAUGGUAUUUGUUUUCUAGCAGAUUUUUAUCAACAAACAUCAUAUACGUAUCCAUCUGCAUAUUCAUGCUCUCAUUCAUCAAACAUAAUUUCUGGAAAUCAUUUCAAGCCAUCGAUGACAGCUCAACCAUGGUCUUGUAUGCCUUUAAUCUAUAAUUCUUCAUUUAAUAAACAUUCUUAUUUCAAAAAGAGUAAGAAAAAGCAAACAAUGUUUAAUCCUUCUUCGUAUCGAGUCACAGUACGACGUAUAACUGCACCACAUAUUGCUGCUGUUGCAGCUGAAGCUUAUCGUAUGCAUAAAAAUAAUGUAUCAAAUACAACUCAUUAUGAACAAUUAAAUCAUACAUUAAUGAGUAAUCAUGAACAAUGCAGACCGAUAAAUCCUACGAAAAAAUAUGCACAAGACUAUUUUAAUUCUAAUAAUGAAAAUAUUCCAUUAGUACCUUUUAAGAAAAUUUUAAAUAUAAAUAAUGGUAUUUAUGUGAGCAGUACUAGUUUAAUUAUAUCAAAUGAUGAUCAAGUAACGAUCUUAUAA